AUGAACAAGAAAAAGAUCAUGUUCAACUGUAUUCAGCUCAAUUCGAACAGAUACAGUGUUAAGCCCAACACCGGCGCCCACGCAAACGCUGCGGAGAGAACCUGUAGAGAACCUGGAGAGAACCUGGAGGACCCCGAGAGAACCUGGGGAGAACCUGGAGAGAACCUGGAGGACCCCGAGAGAACCUGGAGAGAACCUGAAGAGAACCUGGAGGAGCCCGAGAGAACCUGGAGAGAACCUGGAGAGAACCUGGAGUACCCCGAGAGAACCUGGAGAGAACCUGAAGAGAACCUGGAGGAGCCCGAGAGAACCUGGAGGAGCCCGAGAGAACCUGGAGAGAACCUGGAGGAGCCCGAGAGAACCUGGAGAGAACCUGGAGAGAACCUGGAGGACCCCGAGAGAACCUGGAGAGAACCUAGAGGACCCCGAGAGAACCUGGAGAGAACCUGGAGGACCCCGAGAGAACCUGGAGAGAACCUGGAGGACCCCGAGAGAACCUGGAGAGAACCUGGAGAGAACCUAGAGGACUCCGAGAGAACCUGGAGAGAACUUGGAGAGAACAUGGAGGACCCCGGAGAGAACCUGAAGAGAACCUGGAGAGAACCUGGAGGACCCCGAGAGAACCUGAAGAGAACCUGA